GCAACAGGCAGAGGUUGAGGCAGGGCGGGUCUGAUGAGGUUUCCAAACACUGGCAUGUUCUCGACGCUCUAUUUUUUUCUCUCAGCUGAUGGUGACGUAGCGCGUGCAGCUUAGCCCAGCACGCGAGGCAAACAGGACUGACUGUCUGCUUGUUUUCCCGGUGGGGGGACCGUAGACCACAGAGGCAGAACGGUACACUGCAGACAUAUCGUGUUGUUUGUUAGAGAGAAUAUUUGUGUCGGGGCGGUGGAGAGGAAGGCUGAGGGAAGAGGCUGUCACGAAGAGAAGAGAAGAGAGGGGGAGCGCAUUCCAGAGGCACCGCUAUCAUAACUAAUUCAUUGUCGCUCCAAACCGGUGGACAGACGGCUAAACAGCCCACUCAUUAGGCCGAACUCACACGGGGUGGUGUGGUGAGGAGUGACAGGAGGCAACAUGGUGGAUUACUAUAACAUCCUGGGAGUGUCCAAAACAUCUUCUCAGGAUGACAUCAAGAAGGCGUACAGGAAACUGGCACUGAAAUGGCAUCCAGACAAAAAUCCAGACAACAAGGAGGAAGCAGAGAGAAAGUUCAAAGAACUUGCUGAAGCCUAUGAAGUCCUAUCUGACAAGAGCAAGCGUGAUGCAUAUGACAGAUAUGGAAAUGACAGAGUGCCACACAGAGGCUCCUCCAGCUCAGACUUUCCAUCAGAUUUCCCAGGAUUUACCUUCACAUUCCGCAGCCCAGAUGAGGUGUUCAGAGAGUUUUUUGGUGGCCAGGAUCCCUUUGCUAGCUUCUUUGAUGACUUCUCAUCCUUUGGAAGCUCGGCCUCUCGCCUCGGCCCCAGUCGGUUCUUUUCUUUUCCUUCAGCAGGAGUUGAAUUCACCUCCUUCUCCUCUUCCUUGGGUGGUCUGGAUGGGAUGGACAGCAUGGGCGGAGGGAUGGGCAACUUCAAAUCAGUUUCUACCUCCACUCGCAUCAUAAAUGGAAAACGCACCACUACCAAGAAGAUAAAGGAGAACGGGCAGGAAAGAACAGAGAUUGAGGAGGAUGGGGUGUUAAAGAGUGUCCUAAUAAAUGGUGUGGAGGAUGAAAUGGCCCUCGCACUGGAGCUGAGCCGACGAGAGGGACAGCCCCGUCACUCGCCUCAGAAGCCACAAAUCCAAAACAGAUCACCUGCCGAGUCUGACAGAUCCCACCCCAGCCCUUACUCUGCAGCCACACAUCGGUCAUUUAGCUCCGCCCCUUUCUACCACUACAAGGUUGCGGGAGGCAGCGAGGAUGACGAAGAAGAUGAAGACCUGCAGAUGGCUUUGGCAUGCAGCCUGUCAGAAAUGGAAGCCCAGCAGAGAGCAGCUGCAACUGACUUCAUAUCAGACUCAGACUUCGAGGCCUUCACAAGCUAACCUGAUUGGCUCAUGCUGCUCUGUGCCCUAGCCCUGCCCUGAGGUCAAAGGUCAAUUCCCCAUGAUGUACUCUCUCUCUCUACCAUGGCUCCUACCUGCUGAAUGACACUUACUUAAAAAAAGAUACAAAUGUGUAUUUUAUGUAUGUGUGUGUGUGUGUGUGUGUGUGUGUGUACAUAGCUCAUUGUGGAGUGAAAGACUGGAAACUUUGUAUUUUGAAACCCAAGGAAAUAGUUCUAAUCAUCUCUGCAUUAACUAACAAUGUUUCAGCUGAAUUUUAAUUUUAAUUGUGCCUGCAAGUGGAAACAGAUGAACAAGGCAAAUAGAAAAAUGCUUCGAAACAUGUAAAGCAGAGAAAAUAAAGCAUUUCCUGCUGACUACUCUA